AUGAUCAAUGUCGGGCCGAUGGACGAAGAGGAGUCCAUCCAACUAAUCAGCAAGAGGCUUGAAGACAGCGGACUUGGUACCAAGCAGACAUCGCUCCUUGCGGCUCGUCUAGAUUAUCUGCCCCUUGCAUUAGUUCAGGCUGCGGCUUUUAUCCAGGAAAACUCAAUGACGGUUCCUAAAUAUAUUCAGCUUCUUGAUCGUGGAGACCAUAUUCUUGAGGGCCUUCUGAGCCAGCCGUUCGAAGAGGAAGGCAGAGACUCGAGCGUUCCAAAUGCGGUGACGGCUACAUGGAUCGUUUCCUUCAAGCAGAGAAGGGCCAAAGCCAACGAAACUACCAACAAGAACAGCUAG